UCCUGAUUGUAAACAUUCUCCUGUCAGGUAGUAGUAAAUCACGAGCAGUGAACCAUGAUCUAAAAUGCUAACGAACAUGGAGCUUGCCGUGCGUCUUGUACAGGUGAUACAGGUAGCGGUGCUGUUCGGCUGCAUUACAGCGGUAACCACCUCCCCCUGUUCCCCAGCGAAUCUGAACUCGGAUCCUUCGAACUGUCUCUCCUCCAUCGUGACUAGCUCUCAAGACAAAAAUCUGUUCUGGUUUGGGACGCCGUAUUUCGCCCGAUGUCCAAACCCUUGGGCUUCACUGGAUUGUUUUAACUACCACCCUUAUCGAGCCGACAGUCUUGUUACCCGCGUCUUUGGGCCUGGAUAUUCAUUUAAUGAAUCUUUGGUUACAAAAUAUCUGAAUGUGACCUUUGAAACAGGGACAGGAACAUACAGCGGCUGUGGAAAUACAUGGACGGUUACGGAGAGUCGUCGACUAGAAUUAGACCCGACCGUGGCCACUAUUUACAAGCCAUGGAGCGUCAGAAAGCGACCAAUGAUGACGUGGGAAGCCAACCAGAACGAACUCUACACCAUCAUUGUUUAUGAUGCAGGUUCCUUGGUUAAUCACGGAUUAAUCAUAAAUAUACCCGGAAAUAACGUCAGUGCAGCAGAGAUUUUCAAGGACUACCAUGGACCUAUGAAAUCUACGCCCACCCCUAACGUCUACUCUUUUUGGCUGUUCAAACAAUCGGGGCGGAUCCAGAUGUCAGAGGAGUGGAGAAAGCUGCUGUCCAACUCUAUGGCACAAUACAACAAUACGGACGCGGUGGAGUACCUAAAUCUCACAGGUCCGGUUGGCGUGAAUUGGAUGAGAGUGACAAUGGAUCCAUAUGCUAUGCAGAACAUGAUCAACAUAAGACUUCUAUAUACCUGUCCGUAUCUGAUUUCACAAGCGGUUGCUAACCACAACCGAACCUUCAUUCCGAAAGAUCCCGACUUGACGGUGGGUGUUGACGUCACAUUUUCUCCGACUGCUCUUACCUUCACUUCUUGUUGUACCAAGCACUCAAAACCGUCUCGGACAUUAAAACUGAAUCCGCUAGGUGACGCUUCGGUUGACUCGUGGGAUGUUCGAUCCGACGCCACUCCUGUUCCUGACUUUAUGGCCUUAGGAUUUUAUGCUCAGAUGAAAAACUUCACUGGCAAGACAUUCACGCUGUUAUGUGUAGAUCCGGAUGUUCCGAGCCCCACGGCAGGGACACAGGAUCGCCCUCUUCUUCACUGGAUGGUUGUGAAUAUUCCCGAGGGAAGGAUGGCGGAGGGAUACACAGCACAGUCCUAUAUAGGACCACGCCCCCCUGACGCUGCUCAUUAUUACUACUUCCUGCUUUACGAGCAAAAUGACGUCAUAAAUACCAAUGAAACCGGAAACUACACCAUUCCUACAAACUCAAGAUUUUUAUUCGAUAUAUCCAACUUUGUGUCAGACAAUUCCCUUCGGUUGGUGGGCGUAAAUUGGUUCAUAGCUGAACCUGAUGAAUACACACGAUACACAUAUGCAGCAUCUGGCGGGAAUGUGACGUCACUAUGUGCGGGCCAAUCAAACUUUGCCACUCCCUGUCCCGUCUCUGGAUCCGCCCACUGGCAACUGACUUUUACCCAUGGCAUUAUUGAGGAACUAGAAAUUCUGAAGUCUAUAUAUAUCGAGGAGCUGAGUUUGAAAACGACUGAUAGUGGCUGGCCAGAAAUAAUCAGCCUUCAGUUGCAUCCUUCCACAGGAGAUGAAGUGGAAAAGAAAUAUGUCUGUAUCACACUUGUGUUACAACCAACUCAAAGGUAUCCUCAUGAGAUUCCCAAAAUUGAGAUCAAGAAUCCUCGUGGGGUCGGAGAGGAAGAGGUCAAUAGGUUGAAGUCUUCCUUGAUGACCUUAGCCACAGAACUUCAGGGUGGUCCAAUGUUGUACGACUUGAUUGAGUUGGCCAAGGAUAGCCUGACAGAAGGAAACAUUCCCCAUUGUCCGUGCACUAUCUGCUAUGAACAUUUUCACGAGGGGGAUGAAUUCACGAAGACCACCUGUUACCAUUACUUUCACUGCCAGUGUUUGUCUCGCUACAUCAAGCAUGUGCUGGAAACCAUCCAACAAGAGAACCAGUCAAAGCCCACUCAUCACGUAGGAGAUGAUGACAGCCAAACAAAGGUUCCGUGCCCCGUGUGUCGUGAGGAGAUUGAAUGUAACAGUGACCUGCUGACAAGGGAGGUAACUCCUGAGGACCAGACGCAGUCCUUUGUCCUGACUGAGGAAAUGAGGAGAUGGCAGGAGGAGAUGAGAAGGCUCCUCCACAGACAGAGAGAGAAGGGCGGGGUCAUAAAUGUGGAGGAGGAGAAAAACAGAUUCCUCAUCACAGAGGAUGAUGUGGUAGAAAUAAGCAACACUUCCAGCAAGGGUCGGGGGAGAGAGUCCCCAAUCACAAAAGACACCGGAAUCGGAAGCGCCCCUAGCAAGGGUCGAGGGAGAGAGUCCCAGGCCACAAAAGACGAAGGAAUCAGAAACAAGCCUAGCAAGGGUCGGGGAAGAGAAUUAGUGACAAAAGUCACAGAAAGACCUGCAAAAUGCAAAGACCAGGGUAAAUCAAAGCAGUCACUGAGAGAGACCAGUUUUAGAGCCAGAGUCCUUGCUGAGCAGAUUCAGAAGCUGGAGAAGAGAAAUGAGGAAAGACAUACAGGAUUCUCGGAGGAGUUUGAGGCCUUGAAUCGGAUGAUGACUUCAGGAGGAAGCAAAAGGGAGGGACAGAGACCAGAAAAUCAUCAUAAAAACAGAAUCAAACACUUAGUGCCUUGUGAGUUCGUUAUAAUUAAAGGGUCUGACUACAUCUGUGCCAGCUACAUACAGGUGGUCAGUGAGGGUGAUAGGCUGGACAGGGGGCGUGUCAUCACUACCCAGGGGUGUCUCCCUGAGACCAUGGGGGACUUCUGGAGAAUGGUCUGGCAAGAAAAGUCACAAGUCAUCGUCAUGGCAACCAAGGAACAGGAAGAUAACAGGGUCAAAGUCGCAUGUUAUUGGUGUGAUGCAGGGAAAGAAAAAGUUGUGGAGGGAAAAAACUACAAGUUCUUUAUCAAGGGUAAAGCCGUCACUACACAUAAAGACUACACCCUCAGGGAGAUGGUGGUGUCCAAGUGUUCAACCGCAGACGCAAUAGAGGGGACCAGGUUAGUGUACCAGUUUAAUUACAUGGUGUGGCCAGAUUUUGGAGUACCCAGAAACCCCAGCAGUAUCAUCCACUUCCUGGAAACGGUUAACAUCAAACAAGAGGAACUAUCAGAAGCUGGUCCUAUGAUCAUCCAUUGUAGUGCUGGUAUUGGCCGGACAGGGACUCUUGUUGUCAUAGAAACACUUAUUUGGCAAAUUAAACAACAAGGUUUAGACUGUAACCUUGACAUUCAGAAGUCUGUUCUCAAGAUCAGAUCCCAGAGACCUGGAAUGGUACAGACGGAGUCCCAGUAUAAGUUUAUUUACAGAGCUGUUCUGUGUUACCUGCAGUCUCAGCCAGGAUACACGCCUGAGCAGUCCAGUAAAGAGGCAUCUCCCAAAUCAAGCACAAACUUAUGUGACACUGAAAAGCCACAGAAUGAGAAGUUCUUACGAAGGGAGCCGAGAGGUCGGGGUCGGGGUAAACAGUUUGGCUGGAGUGAUAACAGAGUGGACAAAAAUAGGAACGACAAGGAUACAGAAAACUCUCAUCAGCAAAAACAGGAGGAUAAAGUCGUUAAACACUCAGCUGACUUCAACCAUUCAGAAACUUUAGAUAAGGAAGAUAUACCAGUGAAGGAUCUAUCUGUACAAAAUCAGGAGAGGAAGGGAUUUGGUAGACCCCAGUCAUCAAAAGUGAUGGAGAAAAACGGAGCAGAGCAAAACCACACAGAGAAAAUAAAACUAGAGGAACAGAUUUCAUCUUCUAAAAAGGCACAGGAUGGCCAUGAUGACUCUAGAGUGGAGAAAAUUCAGGAGAGGAAACCAAAACAAGGGUUUGGGAGACCCAGAUCAGGACAACAAGGAAGGUAUGAUAAAAGUCACAGACAGACAAACAGGCAGGAUUCAUCAAAAGAUGAGUCAAGUUAUGACCAGGAAGGUCAUGAUGAGGAAGAUAAUGAUUUGAAGGGGUCGGAUAAACAGAUGGGAAAUAGGAAAGGAUUUGGAAAGCCACCAGUAAUGGAGAGAAGUGAGGAUGUUAAAGAAAGAGAUGAGAAAUCAGUAAGAAAGGACUAUACAAGGAGAGGAUUCGGAAAGCCUUCAAAAGAUUCAAACAGAGGCGAUGGAAGGAAGGACAAAAAUAAAACCUGGGAGGACAGGGAACAAGAAAGACCAAGGUCCAGUGGUGGCCAGAGAGAAUAUUGCAGGAAUAGUCCUAGAGAGAAGGAACAGCUACAAGGCUCAGCUAACACACAGAAAGAAUACCGCAGAAAUAGUCCUAGAGAGAAAGGUUCAGCUAAAACCCAAAGACCUUCAGGUGGUUCCAGGGACAGAGGAAAAACAGCAAACCAGGAGGGCAGGACUAAAGUUAAAUCUGAUAAUGAACUUAUAGAAACAGAAGCUAGUGAAGGAAAAUCUGACAGAGAUUUAAAGGAAAACUUCUCAGAGGCAGGUGGAAACCAAAAACAACAACCAGAGAAGAAAUUAAGUAAACCACCAGGUUUUAAUAUAAGUGAGGCUGAUACUGACCCAAAACGACAACCCCCUGAGAAAUUGAGGACACCCCCAAGUUUUAAUCUCAGUGGGCCCCCUUCAUUUAGACCCCCUCCAGGAUUUUCCAAAUGUAGCUGAUACUAGCUUUAAUUAGGUUUUGAUAAUUGAUGUAAAACUGUGAUAUUAUUUAUUUUAGCAAUUUUCUUGGAAAUGUUUCAUAUGAUUUGUUGUAAGUGAAUGUUUAAUGAAGCUUUUGAUCAUGCAAUAAAAAUUUAGA